AACAAGCGGGACUGCUAUAUUACCCAGGCUAUUAUUUAAAACUCACCUUUAAUCAACAUGGAGUUUAAUGAGAGCCUGAUAAGUGAACGUGGUGACACUGAUGUAAAGCUGACCAUAAUGGAUGAAUGCAGACCGAUGACUCUUCACUGCGAGCAAUGCAAAACAGUCCUGGGAGACUCCCUUAGUAUCUGUGGAGAGGUGAAAUGUUUGGACUCGAUUAUGUGCAGGAGAGUCACCAAUGAUGUGGUCCUCAGUGAUGAACUGGAAUCAGGACAUAAAGGGGAAAUGGCUAAAUGCAUCUACAGCUCUCUGAAAUGUCGCGGCUGCCACUGUGCUGUGGGGAAGGUCAUUCACUCAGCGCCUUCACGUUUGGCUGUGAUUCGCUCCAUCUAUCUCCUGCACAAAGCUAACAUCAGCUGUUACAUCCUCAACAGCUGCUCAAUGGUGAGAGCAUCCACACUCAAAUUUAACCUGAAGCCUCUCAAGGAAAACAUUCAUGAGGUGAAACGGCAGUUUCAGGCAAAGUAUGAUAAGAUGGCUGUCAUUAAACGCAGACUGGAGGACAGUGUUGCAACUGAAGCGGACAAGUAG